GAACAAACAAGUUUAGUGGGUUAGAGAGAGAUAUUGGUUAGCAUGAAGACGUUAAUCAGCAUUUAUGCACUGAUCUUGGGGGGUUUGUGUAUGGCCUGGAAUGUCAUUUACAGCCCUACACACAUCUGUGCUUUGGAGGGAUCAUCAGUCAACAUGUCCUGCUCUUACACCCACCCCAGUUAUCUUACAGUUGAUGAAUCUUUCUGGAUCAACCAAGACUCUGGGGACGCACCCGAUGUCUCGAAGAAUGAGAGUUACACACACAGAGUCACAUUAGACUGUGGAAAUAAAAGACAUAGGUGUUUGUUGAACCUGAGUAAACUAACCAAAGCAGAUGCACAGUAUCGGUACUACUGUAGGAUCACCACCAAUAAAGAAAAAGAAAAAUGGAUUGGUAAACCUGGAAUCUCUGUGAAUGUCACAGGACUUAAGAUUGUUUCUUCAAAAAGAGGUGAAGAAGUGGAUGAGGGGGUUAACGUGACUCUCACCUGCAACACCACCUGUAACCUAACCGACAACCCUUCAUUCAUCUGGAUUAAAGAUGGACGUCCUGUAGAGAAGACGCAGAUCAUCAACAGCCAGCUGCGGCUCCAUCCAGUCAGUUAUGAAGACAACGGCAGCUACACCUGUGCUGUGAGAGGCCAUGAGGAUCUCCCAUCUCCACCUUACAGACUCCAAAUUAUGUGUCGAGUGGUUAUUUUUUCUGACAUAGAACAUGUGAAGGAUGGUGAUCAUGUGACUCUCACCUGCAACACCACCUGCAAUCUAACCAGCAGUGCUUCAUUCAUUUGGAGUAAAGAUGGAUGUCCUGUAGAGAAGAAGCAGAUCAUCUACAACCAGCUGCAGCUCCACCCAGUCAGAUAUGAAGAUGAGGGCAACUACACCUGUGCUGUUAGAGGCCAUGAGGAUCUCCCAUCUCCACCUUGCAGACUCCAAAUCAUGUCAAAUGAGAUGAGUCCUUUGAUAGCAGCUUCUGUUGGAGUGGCAGUCUGUGGAGUUGUGGGUCUACUGUGUGUCCUCUACUGGCUGAGAAUCAGAACGAUGAGCGGAGCUCUUGCUCCCCCCAGUGCCGAGGCAGCAGGAAGAACAGAGGAUGACGUUCAGCAUGACAGUGUCCAACCCAAGCACAACGGACAGACUGCAGGAGGUCAAGGGAACGAUGUCCUGUACGCCAGUGUCCAACCCAAGCACAACGGACAGACUGCAGGAGGUCAAGGGGACGAUGUCCUGUACGCCAGUGUCCAGCUCCAGGACAACAGACAGACUGCAGGAAGUCAAGGGGACGAUGUCCUGUACGCCAGUGUCCAGCUCCAGGACAACAGACAGACUGCAGGAAGUCAAGGGGACGAUGUCCUGUAUGCCAGUGUCCAGCUCCAGGACAACAGACAGACUGCAGGAAGUCAAGGGGACGAUGUCCUGUAUGCCAGUGUCCACUUCAAGACAGAUGGUGCACAAAAAAGGCAUCAUUUUGUUACCCGUUCACUUGACCCACCAGAGGGGGAGCCCUCUGUGAUCUACAGCAGUCUAAAGAUGAGAAUGUGA